GGAUACAGUAGAAUCAAGGAGGCAGAGAAAUUAGUUAGGAGGUUAUUGUCUCCUGAAAGCCAAGUACAGAAAGUGAGGGUGAUGGUGACCAGUGAAAGAGAUGAAAAAUUAUAAAAUUCUGUGUAUGGUUGAGGUAGAGGCAACAGGAUUUGCUGAUGGAUUUAAUGUGGUGGGAGAGGAGAGCGAUUAAGGUUCACCCCAAGGUUUUGAGCCUGAGCUAAGUAAGGAGAUGGCCUUACUUGAUAAGGAAGACAAUGGGUGGAGCAUGUGUUGUGUGAGGAUUGGGGGGAGGGGUGUUGUAUACCAAGAACUUGGUUUUGGACCUGUUUAAUUUUUGGAUAUAUGACUCUAGAGUUGCUGAAUAAACAUAUUUUAAGUCCUAAAACUGGACAUCACCAAGGGAGUGAAUGUAAACAGGAAAAAAGAGGUCCAAGGACUGAACAGAGAGCUUAAAUGUUAUGUCAGGAAGAUAAAGUGAAAUGCAAACAGCAAGGUGAGGUAGAAAGAAGACCAGGCGAGCAUGGCGGCCUAUAAGCCAAAUAAAGCGCUUCAAGGAGGAGACGAAGAGCGCCAUCCCCUGAGCUGGUGCUGCUGGUGGGUCUAAAAGCACAAGGACUGAGACACAAAUGCUGGAUUUAGCAAAACAGAGUCAUUGCUGACCCUGACAAAUUUGACAGUGACUAGGAUAUUUUUCAAAAGACAGUUGACUAGAGUAGAAAAUUGUGCUGAGAAAUAAUGGAAGGAAGAUCUGAAUGCAUAAAAGCCAGAAAAUGGAACUUUUUGAUGCCAGAUUGGAGAGUUUGAUCUUUAUCUUAUGGAAAAAUUAAAAAUAAAAGUAUUUGUAUGGGACAAUGAUAAAAUAAGACCAGUGUUUUUAAAGUUUACCUGAUAGUAGUGAAUUGGAGGAGGAGGUUCUAGAUGCCAUAAGGCCAGUUAGAAGCUUGUUAUAAAAACGAAGCUGAUUAGGAGGGUGACAACAAAGAGAGGGAGGAAUGAAUAGCUGAAGGAUGACUGAUAAUAGAAAAGAAGGGAGAGACACCUGAAAUGAUCCUGAAGCUGCUUGAGAGAAGGAUGGUGCAAGCCAACAGGCAUCUCUGGGCUUCAAGUUAAUAUGAACUAGCUUUAGAAGUGAGCCAUCCUUGGGAUGUUUGGGACCCAGGAAUUACCUAUAGGUAUGCAUGGCCUGAAGUAAUUUUCAGAGAUCAGGAAUAUUUGUGUACAUCUUGGAAUCUGCUACUGAGUCUAGGAUAUGAAGGCUGGAGAAGGACACAUACUAAGAACAGAGACCAUUCUUAGCGAGGAGAGAGGUUGCAAGAGUCCUGAGAGUUCUGUGAUGGAGAUAUGAGAUAGGCUUCCUUUCACGGCCAAAUCACACAGAGGGAGCAUUCUCAUGGGUGGUACAAUCAUAAAGGAUAGAUAAGAUCAUUUAUAAAGAACUCCACCUUCCAUAGAGAAAGAAGAUACAUCUGCUGGCUUUUAGAGGAAGCCAGUAAGAUUUAAGGAAUGAGAAAAUCAGAAUGAGGUGCGUUUAUCAUUUUUCAACUUGGUUUUAUAGUUCUUCCCUACAACACGUGAAAGCUGUAGAAUUUUAGAAGAGUAAAAGAAUGUAGAGAUAAUUGAACCAUUUACUGCCCUUUUGCAGGCAAAGAAAUUGAGGUUCUAAGAGCUUAAGCGCUGAAAGCUAUUUACUGAACUCCUGCUAUUUGCAAAGCACUGUGCAAGGUGCUGAGAACACAGAGGUGCUGAGAGAUCAUGGAAGACCUCACAGGCUACACUAAGGAUUUGGGUCUUUAUGCUAAAAGCAAUGGGAAGCGACUGAAGUGUUUUCAUGAGCAGGGCUGUAAGAGGACAUGAUCAGGUUUGUGGCCCCCAAAAAACCACUCUGCAUUUCUGAGAAUGGUGUGGAGAAGAACAAGAGUGAGUGGAUUGAAGAGAUGUUUAAGAAGUAAUACUGACAUGACUUGGUUCUGUACUGACUUUGGGAACCAAAGACGAGAAGUAUCAAGUUGACUCCUAGGUUUCUAGGGUGGAUUUUGCUGAAAGAAUUACAGGUUUAUUUUUUGCACCUAUAUUACAUUUUAGAAACAUUAAGAAGGCAGGGGCGCCCGGGAGGCUCAGUUGGUUGAGCAUCUGACUCUUGGUUUCAGCUCAGGUCAUGAUCUUGUGGUUUGUGAGUUUGAGCCGCCCAUUGGGCUCUGUGCUGACAGCAUGGAGCCUGCUUGGGAUACUCUCUCCCCUCUCUCUCUGCCCCUACCCUGCUGACACUCUCUCUUUCUCUCGAAAUAAACUUUAAAAAUUAAAAAAAAAAAAAAGGCAAUGGACUAUACCAGGUUAGGUGUAAAUGGGAACAUAUAAAGAGAGGAUGUGGAGUGAGAAGAAUGCCUUAGGGCUCCAAAAAUGUAAGUGACUAGCUAGAGGAGGAACAUGCAAAGAAGACCAAGAGAGAGCAACUGGAAUGAGGAAUCAAAGCAGACUCAUAGUGUUAGGACAGCCAAGGAGGAAGAGAAGGACAGAACAGCAGUGCGAGAUGCUACCAAAAGGGGAACAUGAUGAAAACUGAAGCUGUCUACUGGAUCUAUUCUCGCAGAGUGAUGGGGAAAACCAGAAAGGAGUGGGUUAAGGAAUGAGUGGUAAGAGAUAAGAUAUAGAAGUGGAGCACUGAUGACUCUUGACAAUUUUUUCUAUGAAGAGGAAGGGAGAUAUGGGGUGGAGGGUGUGUAUAUGUGCGUGUGUGUCGGAGAGAUCGGAACAGGUUUAAAAUGAUUCAGUUGAGGAGAGAUUGUAUUCGACCUCUCAAUUUAGGAGAAAAAAGAUCCUAAAGGAUGGAAUUCAGAAACCUUUUGGGGGAGUGGUCUUGGAGGAGAGAGAUGGGUGGAUAAGAAAAAGUGAUGCUGACGCGGGUAGGUUUUUAUGUUUGAUGGUUGAAGGAACAAAUUGUAAGGGGAAACAAGCACAUUUGUGAACGUGCAAGUGUAAAUCAAAACAAGUAUCAGUACUAGUAUUAAAUAAGCACCAGAUCCUUAAUAUAAUCUAUAUUGUACUUUAUUAUUUAUAUAUAUAUAUAUAUAUGUAAAAUCAUACGUACCAUAUGAUGUAUAAUAUAAAACCUUAUAAAUAGAGAAGAGGUACUUCUAAAAUCUAGAUAAUACUACAUUUUUUAUGCUUAUGUAUUUUAAGAGAGAGAGAGAGAGGGAGAGCAUGAAAGCAUGUAUGCGAGGGGAGGAGGGGCAGAGAGAGAGGGAGAGAGAAAAUCUCAAGCAGACUCCAUGCUGACAGCAUGGGACUUGAUCCCACGAACCAUGGGAUCAUAACCUAAGCCAAAAUCAGGAGUUUGACACUUAACUGAGCCACCCAGGCAUCCCUAGAUAAUACUACAUUUUUCUGAGUACUAGUUGGAGGAUCAAGGUAAUCUUGAAAGAAAACAUAAAAUACAUUUCAUUUUAGACAUAUCUGAGAAAAAGACAUUUGGAGAAAAAGUUUCACCCUACACUUAUAUGAUGAAAGGUUCUAAACUCUUAGUAAUGUCUCAGGAAAGGGACCUGAGACUUAUUGUGCACUCUUUCCAAGGAAUGUUGGACACUGGAUAUUUUGGCAAAAAGACCAACUAAAUCCAUCCUCAGGAAGAAGCCAGGGCAGGAAAUACCAAGCAACUUCAGAGCUGUUUCAAAUCUGUUUAUUAACAUCCAGUGCAUCUGCACACAGUAUACUAUGUCCAGAUAUGACUCCUCAGGAGAAACAAGAGUAGGAACGUGUUUAAAGAAAGAAUAACUAAGAUGAUAACAGGGAGUCUCAUAAACUUAGAAGAACAGACAGACAAAACCUGCAUUCAUCUAUACAUAGUUGGACAGAACGAAGAGGGGGCAAAAAAAGUCUUUGAAAUCAAAAGGAGAAUAAGAGAAACAGACCUAGUUUCCAGACCUUAGACUUAAGCCAACCUCUUGAAAAAUAAAAUAGGUCAAAUAUUUAGGCCAAUUAAAAAGAAAUAAAGUUUUAGAACUUAUUUCUCUGGACGUAAGUUUGGGAGCUGAGCUUGGUUUGUAAAUGACUAAAGCAUAUGGGAUUUAAUUUGGGCAGGAAGGAUGCUGUCAUCCUAAGCCGCCUGGCUUCAUGCUCCCCAGUCAAAUCAAGUUACUGUCCUUGGACAUCCAGCCUUGGUGCUUGGUCCUAAUUCACUGGCCUCAGACAUGGAAAUGCCAGAAGUCAAAGAGCAUCCAAGAAUAAAAGACAGUCAGCCUCCCUAUGACCUGACCAGUUCUCUCUCCUUGCCGGGUCAGUCUGGCGAUCUUAACAAUCCUAACAUCCUUCUACUUAUACACUUCCCCAUAGACCUCCCCUGAGGUUCAGAUCAACCCUGAUAUCGCCCCUAGUCCCCAUUACUCACUACCCUAGUGUAAUUUCUGUGCGUGCUGGUACAGGGGCUCUAUCAGCUUGAGUCCAUGAAUUUCACUACUGUUCAUCAGUGUGGUUAUGUGCGCGUGAGGCCAGACAGCUGUGAAGGGUAAAGCCUCGGGAGUAUCUGAUGUUAUAACAUCUUGUUGACUUUCCAAUUUUCCUGUUGGAAAAGAAGUUUGCCCCUGGCUGCACCAGCCUUUCCCACUUGGUUCUAGACUGAUUUUGACUCUGCUAUUGUCUUAUCCUCACAGAAAGUUGAGGAAGCGAGCGGCCAAAGCCUCGGCCCGACGCCCCAAGCCCCUUGGAAGGUAAUGGGGCAAGAGCCCCGGGACCUCCUGCUAGCCCCUGAGGCCCCAGGAGGUGGAUGGAUGGAAGGCAGCCUAUCCAUGUCCAUCCCGGAACCCAAGCUGAUGAAUUAGGGAUGUAACUGCACAAUGGCCAUUCCAGGGGAGGUAGGGAAGGGAAGGGGAGGCAGGCAUGGGGAUGGGCAAGCUUUGACCUUAGGGUGCACAAAGAGGAAAUAAUGUAGGAAUGGCUGAGGAGAAGCCUUCUCAUCUUUAUGCUUCCCCCAAAUAGCUUGGACUCCAGCCUCAACCACCUGCAUGCUUCCUACCCCCCUUAAUUCAGUUCACCCACAUUCCCAUUCUCUCUCCUCCUUUUACCUUGUAUCCCCUUCUCCCGUCACCCCCUGGACUGACUAGAUUUUUCACCACUGUGGUUGAAUUCAGAGUGCAACAGGAGUUCCUAAAGUAGAGUUCAGUGGUGUGCAGCCGUCAGUGUGUGGAAUACCUGGCCCCCUUCACUUUACUCCUUCCCACACUCUGCAUAAAGUGUCCUUCCCGGAAACAGGAAAAAAAACCAGAAAACAAAACCCUCUACCUUUCCUGGGCCACAUACCUAACCACUACCUCCACUAACUUCUUUCUCCUUUUUUCAGACCAAUCACCAAGCUUAAAGUCAAACCCAAACCCCGAGUGGGCAGGGGAUCAAUCAAGAGGUAAAUGAAGUUCAGGCUGGGUGUGAGGAGAGGGAGAGUGCAGAGUGAUGAUGAGUCAGGGCAAUUGAGCUGUGGUCAGGAAGGGGUCUAAGAGGCCCCCACCUAGAGGUGGAGGGGUGGCAAUAGCUAUUAGAAACCACCUUCCAGAUGAGUCACUGAAACAUAAAGUGAUGCUGGGCCUUAUCCUCGUUUCUGGGGAAUUAUGCUUAUCACAGGAUUUUUGAAAGUCUUGAUAGAAGUUCAUCCACUGAACUCCUGUUCCACAGGCUUGUUUAUCUUCUCCCAGUGAAUUCUAGCAGAUACUCUAGCACUUUCUCCUUCAGAUGCCAUUCUUGCCUCUCCCCCAAGAAGUUAUGUUUGCCUAAGGGAUCAAUGUUCCCAUCUUAACUUUAUUUUUUAAAAAUAGGUGCUACCAGCUUGGAGGUAAGACUCAGGAUCCCCUCUGGAAACUUUGCCAGGGAUGGGUUCAGAUUAUAACCCCUGUGUCUCUGGCCCAGUUGACACAAUUAGGCUCCCAGUUCCAUAAUUUUCCUUGUGGGGUCCUUCAGAACCGAAGGGAGUGGGAAGAUUCCAACCCCACUGAUUACCUCUCACUAGGCUUCCAAAGGCCAUUUGCACAUGAGAAGUCUCCUUGAUAACUUCUUCAGCAGUGGCUGAGACACAGAGGAUUCAUCCCUUUCUUCUGUCCCCUCCUCUCUUCUGCACAUUCUGGGAUCACCCAGUGGUUCCCUGGUGGCCUUCCUUCUCCAGCUCCUCCUUGUGGUGGCUUCAGAGGAGCUUGGAAUUUGAGAGUACUCUUGUAGUACCUUCUAGCUAAGGGUCAUCUGUGCCCAACAUAGCCAUGCUCUGGCCUUCCCUGAACACCAAAUUCAAGGGCACAGUGCUGUUUUUACUGUGUUCCUUGUGGGGAAAUGGGAGGAGGGAGUUUAGAAGAGCAAGAUCUUUUUCCUGUGGUGGCCUCUUUGACUUUUAUUUCAGCAAAACAGGACUUUGGGAGACUACCUGAUCUGUUUCAGCUUCAGAAUCCACUGAUCCUGAGCUUCCAAAGGCUGCUGGCCCAGCGGCAGCAACACUCCUUUGGUCUGCAUGGGGUGGCGUGCGUGGGCACGGAGGCCCACCUCUCCCUCUGCUCUUUGGAGUUCUAUCGUGCCAAUGACACCACCAGGUGCCCUGGGGGGGCCCCUGCGGUGGUGAGCUGUGUGCCAGGCCCUCUCUACGCAGCAUCCAGUGGCCAGAGGAAGCAACAACAGUCGAAGCCUCAGGGGGAGACCCGAGUGCGUCUAAAGGGUGGGGCCCACCCUGGAGAGGGCCGGGUAGAAGUCCUGAAGGCCAGCACAUGGGGCACAAUCUGUGACCGCAAGUGGGACCUGCAGGCAGCCAGCGUGGUGUGUCGGGAGCUGGGCUUCGGGAGUGCUCGAGAGGCUCUGAGUGGUGCCCGCAUGGGGCAGGGCAUGGGUGCCAUCCACUUAAGCGAGGUUCGAUGCUCUGGACAGGAACCCUCCCUCUGGAAGUGCCCCCACAAGAACAUCACAGCCGAAGACUGUUCCCAUAGCCAAGAUGCUGGAGUCCGAUGCAACCUGCCCUACACUGGGGUAGAGACCAAGAUCCGACUCAGUGGGGGCCGCAGCCAACACGAGGGGCGAGUGGAGGUGCAAAUAGGGGGACCUGGGUCCCUUCGCUGGGGGCUCAUCUGUGGGGAUGACUGGGGGACACUGGAGGCCAUGGUGGCCUGUAGGCAACUUGGACUGGGCUAUGCCAACCAUGGCCUGCAGGAGACCUGGUACUGGGACUCAGGGAAUAUAACAGAGGUGGUGAUGAGUGGAGUGCGCUGCACAGGGUCUGAGCUGUCCCUGGACCAGUGUGCUCAUCAUGGCACCCACAUUGCCUGCAAGAGAACAGGAACCCGCUUCACUGCUGGAGUCAUCUGUUCCGAGACUGCAUCAGACCUGCUGCUGCACUCAGCACUGGUGCAGGAGACCGCCUACAUCGAGGACCGGCCCCUACACAUGCUGUACUGUGCUGCAGAAGAGAACUGCCUGGCCCGCUCAGCCCGCUCAGCCAACUGGCCUUAUGGCCACAGGCGUCUGCUCCGAUUCUCCUCCCAGAUCCACAACCUGGGACGAGCUGACUUCAGGCCCAAGGCCGGGCGCCACUCCUGGGUGUGGCACGAGUGUCAUGGGCAUUACCACAGUAUGGACAUCUUCACUCACUAUGAUAUCCUGACCCCCAAUGGCACCAAGGUGGCUGAGGGCCACAAAGCUAGUUUCUGUCUAGAAGACACCGAAUGUCAGGAGGAUGUCUCCAAGAGGUAUGAGUGUGCUAACUUUGGAGAGCAGGGCAUUACCGUGGGUUGCUGGGAUCUUUACCGGCAUGACAUCGACUGCCAGUGGAUUGACAUCACAGAUGUGAAGCCAGGAAACUACAUUCUGCAGGUGGUCAUCAACCCCAAUUUUGAAGUAGCAGAAAGUGACUUCACCAACAACGCAAUGAAGUGUAACUGCAAAUAUGAUGGACAUCGCAUCUGGGUGCACAACUGCCACAUUGGUGAUGCCUUCAGUGAAGAGGCCAACAGGAGGUUUGAGCGCUACCCUGGCCAGACCAGCAACCAGGUCAUCUAAGGUGCUGCCACCCUCCUCUGAAAACCACCACUGGCCCCUAACGGCAGGGAUGUGAGGCUGCCAUUACCUCAGGAGCUUACCAAGGAACCCCUGAUGUCAGCAGGCCGGCCAUGCUCAUCCAGUGUGUGCUAUGGAUGUGGAAACAUCAAAUGAAGUUAUUGCCCUCCUUCCUACGCCAGCUGCCGGAUCUGUGACCAAGCAUGGGGAAUUUUUGCUCCCAGGCCCAGCACUGAGUGAAGCACACUACAAAGAGCAGCACCUGAUUGACUGCCCAGAACAACAGACAGCAGGAGCUCAUUUUCUCAAAUAGGGAGGUCAGAAUGGUCAGCUCCAGUAUCUCUCCUCAGUUCAGGGGGAAUACAGCUUUACCUCUAGCCUCUUCAUGGGGAAAAAGAUCAGUACCCCCCUGCCCCGCCCUUAUUUUUGACUAUAACAUGAUGCUAGGUAUAAUUUUAUUUUAUAUAAAAAGCAUUUGUGUGA